UCCAUUCUGCAGUUUUACUAUCUCGAAAGCCAUGACUCUCGGUCCCAUCCAACUUGCCACCUUCUUUCUCUCCACCUUCCUCAUCAUAGCCCUCCACCACCACUUCAAAAAAACCAAACCACCACUCCAUCACAACCACCCACCAACCCCUUUCUCCCUCCCCAUCCUCGGCCACCUCCACCUCCUCUCCCCCCUCAUCCACCGCUCCUUCCACCGCCUCUCCUCCCUCCACGGCCCCCUCAUCCACCUCCGCCUCGGCUCCGUCCCCUGCGUCGUUGUCUCCACUCCCGAAUACGCAAGAGAAUUCCUCAAAACAAACGAGCUCAACUUCUCCACCCGCCAUGACUCCACCGCCAUCAACCGCCUCACUUACAACUCCUCCUUCGCCUUCGCCCCGCACGGCCCUUACUGGAAGUUCAUCAAGAAACUAGUCAGCCACGAGCUCUUGGCCAAUCGCAAUCUAAAUCAAUUUCGCCCCAUUCGAAACAGAGAGUUGCUCUGUUUCCUUCAAACCCUAACGAAAAAGGCCAAGGCUUGUGAAGCUGUGAACGUAACCGAAGAGCUAUUAAAGCUUACAAACAAUGUUAUCUCACAAAUAAUGCUGGGCAUUAGGUCCUCGGGUACCAAAGGCGAGGCCGACGAGGCCCGGACUCUGGUUCGGGAGGUGUCGAGGAUUUUUGGGGAGUUCAAUUUGUCGGAUUUUAUCUGGUUUUUGAAGAGGUGGGAUUUGCAGGGGAUUGGGAAACGGUGCGAGGAUAUAUACGCAAGGUACGAUGCUUUGCUGGAGAAGAUUAUUAUGGAAAGGGAAGAAAUGAGGAAGGAGAAUGGAGAUGGCAAGAGUGUGAAAGAUUUUCUUGACAUACUGGUUGAUGCUUUAGAAAAUGAAGAUUCGGAGAUCAAGUUGACUAGAGAUCACGUUAAGGCCUUGAUUCUGGAUUUCUUCACGGCAGCCACGGAUACGUCAGCCGUCGCACUUGAAUGGGCAUUGUCAGAGCUAAUCAACAAUCCAAAAGUUCUAAAGAAAGCGCAAGAAGAGGUGGAUAACGUCGUGGGGAAACAUCGGUUAGUAGCCGAAUCGGACGUUCCGAAUCUUCCUUACAUCCAAUCGAUCGUAAAGGAAACUUUUCGGCUUCACCCUCCAAUCCCCUUGCUCACAAGAAGCUCGGUACAAGACUGCGUAAUCGAUGGAUACAACAUCCCUGCUCACACCAUGCUAUUUGUGAACAUUUGGUCUAUUGGAAGAAACCCCAAGUACUGGGAAAACCCGUUGGACUUCUGGCCCGAGCGGUUCUUGCGUGCCGGAAAGGAUGAUCUAGCUGGGGGAUUAAUAGAUAUCAAGGGGCAGCACUUCCAGUUACUGCCUUUCGGCACCGGGCGAAGAGGUUGCCCUGGGAUAUCCCUGGCCCUGCAACAACUGCCCACGGUGCUCGCGGCAACGAUACAGUGUUUUGAGUGGAAGGUGGCGGCAGAUCCGAAGGGAGAGAAUAUCAAUGGUACUGAUGGAGUUGUUGACAUGACUGAACGGCCCGGGUUGACGGCGCCUAGGGCCAAUGAUCUUGUGUGCAUGCCAGUAGCACGUAUGGAUCUACUUGACAGCCUUUUUGAUCCGUAGUUUGCCCUACACACAAGUUGGCCAUAUAUAUGUAGAUCCAAAUGCAUACAAUAAGCUUUUCUAUUAUGAACUCUGCUAUGUUCUUGGAAUAUACCGUCCAUAGUAGAAUAUUUUGGGUGCCAAUAAGGUACCACACGUGUGGUACUCGUCGGUGAUCCAGACAGUCUAAACGUGUUUUGGACGGUCCGGAUUUUAGCGAGAGAAAAAUAGGACAGAGAGUGGAGGGGUGCGGGGAGAGAGAGAAUUUUGGACAAUUUGGAUCGCCGGCAAGUAACGCCACUUGAUAUCCACUCGGCACCCAAAAACUUCUGGUACAUAGAGGCAUUUUAGCCCAUGGGUGGCAUAUAUCUUAGGAAUCUGAUUUUCGCGCUCCAAUUUUUACUGAUGAAGCUCCACUUUUAACGUGAAGUUACUAGCAACUUCAUAAACAAAGUGGAGCACCAUCAGUAAAAAGCGGAAUGCGAAAAUCAAAAUCUUAUAUCUUAAUAUAUUUGUAUGUAAGAAUAAUAUAAAUAAAAGAUUUUAGAGUUUUUCAUUGUGAUGUUUGGAUGCCAUAAGCUAUA